GCAUUGAGUAGACUAGUGUCUGACUACUGUCUUCCUAAAGCUCUUUCCAUCCGUGGUUUCGCUCACAGUUCGUUGCUCCACUCCUAGGACCUGCCUCGUAUCCUGAAUCUAUGUGAAAGGCUAAGAACAGCCUGGUAAUGGGUGAAGCCUAGCGCAGUAUUCGGUUAUUGUUUCAUUCUUGAUCGUACCAACGUUGAGCGAGUAGGUGACUGCCUACAUUCCUUACACAGCGUGUUUCGUCGAGAUGGCCUCACCAGUCGCAGGACAAGCGUGGAACUAACUUUGCUUGAAUUCAUAUCAAUUUUAUCAUUCCAAGACACUGGCUCCUCCGGCUCUGGAAGUCUUGCCUGCAAUGGCUGUCACCGGUGAACUCCAUUUGCCCUCUCUGGCCACUGAAUUGGUUUCUGUACAAAGCCAGCAGUUCGACAAUCUCAAGGAAAGCCGAGCUGCUCUGAAGGAGAUCAAUAAACGGAUAACAGUUGCUGAGAAGAGGAACAAGGAGCAGCAGCUCAAGCUCUUCACCAUCGAGAAAGACAUAUGCAUAUUGCGAAGCAGCUGCACUCAAAGUGAUGCCAAGUGCGAGGAGUUGAAACAAGGCAUUGUCAGUUUGAUCGAUAUCAAGUGCAAACUAAGACAUGAAAUUGCAGACUUUCAAGGCAGGCAGCUGCGGCUGAGAAGUGAGCUACUUAAGUCUCGCAAGAGAAUGAUGGCCUUCAUGAGCGCCAGUCAUCGGCAAGAGCAACAGAAGCCCGAGUUCAUGGCUGUGGUGAAAGCCAAAGCGGAUACCAGCAUGCUGAAAGACAAAUGCAAGAUUCUUUCCCAGCAGCUAACGGUAACGAUGGUGAUGGACGACGAAGAUAGCAGAGAGUGUGCGGGUGACAUCUCCACCCGGCCGAUUGUCACCAACUGUCAUGGCAACCAAGUCGCUACAGCUACCACUGUUAGCAGCACGACGGUGAACAGACGAGCACACCUCGAAACGGAGAAGGAAACACUUGUGGACAGGAAGGCUAGGCUGGCCACAGCUAUAACUGACCUGCAAUCACACAUGAAAGAAGAAACAAAGAAAGCUCAGCAGGCGCAACAAGCAAUACAACUUGUCAAGAAACGCCAGCUUGCACAGUUAACACGACUGCGCCGUCAAGUGCAGGACGCUCAGCAGCGCAACAACCGCUGGAAGACGGUGGCAUCACAAUACCGACAGCAGAUUGCCUCGCUGCGACGAGAGGUGCGUCGCAUGGCACCUUGCUGACCGUGACGUGACUGCGGCCAGGGAAUGCCGGUCACCGAGCUGCACACAUUGAAUGGUACUACACAUCUCAACGACCACGGCACAUCACCGCAUGUAGAGUUGUGGCCUCAGUUGCAUGCAGCUGUCUUCAAUGCAUGAAGAGCUGAGAUUCAAAACCUGAUAAUAAUCGCUAAUCGAGAAAAUCGGAUUUUCAGCUCAAGUGUAUUCAAAAGGUUUAGGGGCACCACCAGUCAAAAUUUCUAAUCCAAAAUCUGACAAGGAUCAUUUUUUAAACUGGAACCCAAAUAUGGAUUUAGAUACAAACCAAACAUAACAUAAGUCCUUGUUUGUAGCCAUGCUCUGAAAAGUGAUGAAAUGGAUUAAAAGCGGGUUUUGCAUCUCAGCUCUUCAAUUUACAAAUGAGCUUCUGCCAUUUUGUGGAUCUAGCAGUGUGUACGUGUGGCAAUAUCCGAAAAUAUUAAAUAACCUAAAAAAUUCCUUUGAGAAUUCCUAGAAAGGGGGUAGAUAUUCAAAAGCAA